AGCCCUCUCCAGGCAACCCUAGUGCUGAUCGCUCGCGCCGGUGCGGUCGCUCACCGCCCUUGGGGGAACCGAGAAGAGGCUCGAGGGCAGCCCCCCUCUCCGCCCCUCCCGGGGCUCUCCCGCCCCCCCCCCCGCCCGGCGUGCGCCGGGGCAUGAGCAGCGAUGAUGGCUGGCUGCAGCCCCGAGGAGAAAACUUACCGGCGCUUCCUUGAGCUCUUCCUGGGAGAGUUCCGCGGACCGUGCGGCGGAGGCGAGCCCGAACCCGAGCCCGAGCCGGAGUCCGAGCCCGAGCCCGAGCCUGAGCCGGCGGCGGCGGCGGCGGCGGCGGCGGCGGCCGAGGGGACUCAGGAGGAGGUAGAGGACGAGGUGGUGGCAGUGGCGGAGCGGGAGCCCGAGCCCGGGGAGGAGGAGGAAGAGGAGGAAGAGGCGGUGGCCGCGGAGGACGAAGAGGGGGACGAGGAGGGCACUGAGGAGGGGGUGGUCGACGAGGUUGGCCCGGGGCAGCCGUCCGGGCCCCCGCCCCCGCCGCCCCAGCAGCAGCAGCCGCCGCCGCCCCUGCCCCCGCUGCCACGGCCGCUCUCCGAGCGCAUCACCCCGGAGGAGGUGGAGGGCGAGAGCCUGGACCUGUGCCUGCAGCAGCUCUACAAAUAUAAUUGCCCUUCCUUUUUGGCUGCUGCUUUAGCCAGAGCGACAUCAGAUGAAGUCCUUCAGAGUGAUCUUUCUAUGUACUACAUACCAAAGGAAACAGAUGGCUCAGAAGGGACUGUGGAGAUUGAGACAGUGAAAUUGGCACGUUCCGUCUUCAGUAAACUACAUGAGAUUUGCUGCAGUUGGGUGAAGGAUUUCCCUCUCCACAGGAAACCCCAAUUGUAUUAUGAGACGUCAAUCCAUGCCAUCAAAAACAUGCGCAGGAAAAUGGAGGACAAACACGUCUGCAUUCCCGAUUUUAAUAUGCUCUUCAAUCUAGAGGACCAAGAAGAACAAGCUUACUUUGCAGUGUUCGAUGGGCAUGGCGGAGUCGAUGCUGCCAUUUAUGCCUCUAUCCACCUCCACGUGAAUUUAGUACGGCAGGAAAUGUUCCCCCAUGACCCUGCUGAGGCCCUGUGCCGGGCCUUCCGGGUGACUGAUGAGCGUUUUGUGCAGAAAGCAGCCCGGGAGAGCUUGCGAUGUGGGACCACCGGAGUGGUAACCUUUAUCAGAGGCAACAUGCUCCACGUAGCCUGGCUGGGCGACUCUCAGGUCAUGCUGGUGAGGAAGGGCCAAGCCGUUGAACUGAUGAAGCCACAUAAGCCGGAUAGAGAGGAUGAGAAGCAGCGCAUUGAGGCCCUCGGGGGCUGCGUGGUCUGGUUUGGGGCCUGGAGAGUAAAUGGAAGUCUGUCUGUCUCCAGAGCUAUAGGAGAUGCUGAGCAUAAGCCAUACAUUUGUGGGGACGCAGACUCUGCCUCCACUGUUUUGGAUGGGUCUGAAGACUACCUCAUUUUAGCUUGUGACGGCUUCUACGACACCGUGAACCCCGAUGAGGCAGUGAAGGUGGUGGCCGACCACCUGAAGGAAAAUAAUGGUGACAGCAGCAUGGUGGCCCACAAAUUAGUAGCAUCAGCUCGUGAUGCGGGGUCAAGUGAUAAUAUCACUGUCAUUGUGGUAUUCCUGAGGGAUAUGAACAAAGCUAUAAAUGUUAGUGAGGAAUCAGACUGGACAGAGAACUCUUUUCAAGGAGGUCAAGAAGAUGGCGGGGAUGAUAAGGAAAAUCAUGGAGAGAGCAAACGGCCCUGGCCUCAGCACCAGUGCUCAGCGCCCGCAGAUCUAGGGUAUGAUGGGCGAGUGGAUUCAUUCACUGAUAGAACUAGCUUGAGCACAGGGUCCCAAAUCAAUGUGCUUGAAGAUGCAGGCUACCUAGAUCUCACAAAAAUAGAAGGAAGCAAACCCGAGAGUGCCAAAUUUUGGUCACCAGUUGAAAUGUUUGGUCUUACAGUACCAAAGAAAGCAAAUCUUGUUAAUGAUAUGAUAAUGGAGAGAGAAUCAGUCCGGCCUUCAGUGCAUGGACAGCAUGAUGCUGGAGAAUACCCUGCUUAUCUUAAUUUGGGUCCAACAGGGCAGCAGAUAAACAGAAUGGAGAGCUUGUCUCCCGUCUUUUCUGGGUUGGAAAAUGAACAGAAAAAUGAACCCCUGAGAAAGAGAGGUUCUAGUUUCUCUCAUUUACGCCACUAUUAUGCAAAGAGACGGCAUGGAUUCAGGCUCAAACCAAAGUUUCAUACGUUUCUCUUUGCUCACGAGCCUUCCCAUAAAUCAGGCACAACCAGUCUGACUUCACUUAUUCGAAGUGGGAAUAGAAAUAGGAGGUUGGUAAGAAGUUCUCUGCCAUGGAGACAAAAUAGUUGCAAAAAGUACAGUGAGAUUCUGAUGGGGAUGCUUAGAAACGGUAAUUGUAUACCAUACGCAGACAUUCCUGGGAGCAGUUAAAUAUAAUAUUUCUUCUUUAAAGUAGGUUAGAUACCUUCCCUCCCAACCCCCAAUAAAACACUACCAUCAGUAUAGAAACAAGAUGGGCAUUUCAGAAACAUGAAGUAUAUCAUGUGAUGACUUCAUGAAAGGCUCAAUUCUUGUGUGUAAAUAAUCUCUAGGAAAUUUAAAAAAGUGUUUCAAACUUUAAAAGUACUAGUGAUUCCACUCCCUAAACUCCACCAUGGACCCAUGUGUACACCCACACCUCUAACACACACACACCCCUCCUUGUGUCACUAGUGGAAGCUGGCUUAGUUGGUUCACUUGAUUAUAUGCAGUCAGGAAAUAGUUUUGAUCUGACUUAAAUGUCUGUAGAGCAAUAUAUAUAUAUAUGUGUGUGUGUGUGUGUGUGUGCAUGCAUAUACACACAUAUAUUUACAUAUAUAUGAAGAAAACCUAUUUUAGAACUGUCAAGUUUAGCACAGAAAAUGUUCCCCAAAGCCUGGGUUCAUUUCUGGGUUUUAUUUUUUGAAUAGUAGCUUCCCAGGGAAAGAACUCUAGGAAAAUAUCCACUCUGUAGGUAAAAGAUUAAAAGCCAUAUGGACGUUAAUGGGGCACAUAGGAAGUGGGAGUCUAGUGUUAAAAAUCUCCCCUUCUUAGACUUGGAUUGAAGUAUAAUCAGGCAUAAAAGCUGAGCAUGAAAACUCUUAGUUUAAAAAAAUGUUUUCCUGUGGGACUUUUUCAGAAUCUUUUUUUGGUGCUUUUUUUUUCGGGGGGGGGGGGUGUUAACUGAUUUUAAUUUGUGAGGUUAACGAACUCCGUUUUCAUUGACCUUCAUCUCAGGAGUCAAAAGGAAUCAGUUUUAGCAAAAUGUUAUCAAGGUAAAAAUAUGUCAGUUAGUACCAAAUCAACUGGCAAGUGUACAAUAUUCAAGAAAUCAUGUUUGUAACCCCAAUUUAAUCAUUUCUGCUACUUGUUCAGAUGUUUCAGUUUAUAGAUAGCAAAGGCAGUUGUUCCUGUAAGAAGACGACAAAGCAUGGUCGUACCCCAUAUACCCACCCAAGAAACUGAAGCAGUAGGAACUUGUUCUAUGUAGCUAACUGGUGAUUUCAAUCUAAAAAUGGACUUCAACUUUAAAAACAGCCUGAUAUCAAGCACUGAUGAAGGACAAUGAUUAGAUGGUCAAUAGAUAGAAACGGUGUAGGUUCGCUACAAAUUCAGUGAGAACUCUGCUCUCGUACAGAGGUGAGGACUGAAGUCUUGAAAUAUGGUUCAGGUUUGUUUUUUUUUAAGCCCUGGUUAUUGGAGGGUUUAUAUAUUUACAAGUUGGCGUCAGAACCUCAGGAUGAUUAAAGGAAAUAGUGAAUGAAUCGAAUACAGAAAUUCUGUUCACCCAACAAAAGUAUAGGCAUUCCUAUCUAAAGACCAUGGUCUAGUGUUACAUAUAGUUAACGUAUAGUUCCUGGUGAUCCAGAGUAAUUAAUAGUGGUGACCAAGUUGUAGGGAUUCUAGUUGUUUCUGUGGGGUGUUGAGAAGAUGGUAGUUGCAAAUUUUGCCUUCCUAGUUAUGUGUCUACAUAUUCAAAUUAGUUUAUAUUUAUAUUUUUGAGCACAUAAUGGAAGGCAUGAAUUUAAAUGUAUACCACAGACAAUACAGAGAAAGUUAGCUACUAUUUAAUGGUACCAGUGAAGCUAUGAGUGGAUUAACAUGAGCAUGUCAUUAAAUGUACAGAUUUUAUUUUCUAAAAAUUUGGAUUAAAUAGAGUUAAGGCUUGUAUCCUAUUGAUUUUGAGAUUUAUUCCUUCUUUUCUAUUAGAUUUUGGAAAGAAAAGUUGAUAGUAUUGGAACACAAUAAAUAUUCAAUAGGUCUCUGAGUGUAGCACAGGAAUCCUUUAACAUCAUUCUUCAGGGUACAAGCUCAUGUGUUAAAGGCAUCAGAAGACCUCAGAUCUGUCAUGUUUUGUUAACAUCCUACUAGGCAUACUUAACUGUCUCAAAUCAAAAUCGUUUAAGGAAACAUAAGAAACCAGAGGCAGUAGGAUUUCCUUUCUCCUUUCUAUGCUCUUCUCAAAGUGGACAAUAAGCUUGAAGUAGAGGUAGCGUGAAGGGUCUCUAAAUUGAAUAUUCUAAUCCCCAUGAUUAAGUGUACUACAAAGGAGAGAGAAGUCCCCAUCUUUGAUCAGAGUAACUAGGUUGAGCUUACUGUGUUGAGGAAGGGGUGGGAGGGGAAGGAACACAUGACAGAGCUUCUCCCUAAUGUGCAGCAAGACUGACUGGCACUAGAGUGAGUGUUCACCACAUUAGGUAAGGGUCUGGUUUUCUAGGUCUAAGUAAACAUUUCUCAUAGAACUUAACCCUUUAGAAAUUAAACCAACAGUACUUCCAGUGUGAUCAAGGUAUAAAACAAUACUGUAAAAAAUAGCAAGUGUUCAUAUUUUCACAACAUGCAUAUUUAUAGAGUAGUUAGGAACCAUUUGUAAGGUAAGUCCUUUAAAAUUCUAGAAUACAUAUUAAAGUCGUGGUUAUUGGUCUGAUUUAUGCUGCUCUUGACUCUACACACUAGACAAAAAGCAGUCCUUUGUGAGAUGCAGUCUUUUCUCUUAAUGCCACUGGUGAUAGGAAGUAGUUCUCUUCAGUUCACACUCCUGUGCCCUUAUUUGCUGCUUGCUGACGUAAGCAAUAAGAACCCCUCUAAUGGUAUCUAAACGUUUUUGUAUCACGUAGUUUAAUGACGGUGUGUUUGGUGACAGUGUAAAAAUACUAGACAGAUAUAAAAGUAUCUAUAUAAUCUAUUUAUUAAUUGUUAAUGCUGAAGUUUAGUCUGUGAAUUCUGUGUUUUGUAUUUUUACUCAUCAUGUAAUUUGGUGGUGGUGAAAUUUGUACAACCAAUCCUUAAAAGAGCUGCAGUAUCCCUUUUGCAAUUUAACAUAGUUUGCAUCUGUUUCAGUUUACUGGCCAAACAGGCUUUAUCAAGAAUACGAGGUAGUUUAAAAAAAAGUUUUUUGUUUUUUAAUUAAAAAACUCUGUUUGUUUGGAAAAGACUCCAGGCUCCUAGUCUGUAGUUACUGAAAACUCCUUCCUGAUAAGCUUUUCACUGUGAGUUUCAAAGGGAUUCAAUGCCCAAUUUAACAGUUUUGUUUGUUUUGAAUUCUAGAUGCGCAGUUUGGAGGACUCUCUGAAGUUAGGUAACAUUUACAGCUCCAAACCCUGGUGCUGUUACUCCCAUUUAGAUUUGCACUAAAAAAGGUGGGUGGAAACUCACACGUGUAAAUACCUUUUUCUUUACCUAGAAGUGCCAUCCAUUGUCCUUGAAAGUAAUGAAACAAAAAAGUUAUUAACUGCCAUUGAUCAAUACUGAUUCAAUUAGCCAGGGUAUCCUGAAAUGCAACAGACCUUUUCCAAGGACAAUGUCAAAGCUGAGUUUAACUUUGACCACAUUUAUAGUGGUGUAUUGUCAACACUGCAUUUUCAUAAGCUCCACUCCAUCGUUGGAACAAUGUGUGUCGGGGAGAUAAACAUGAUGCAGAGAAGUUCAGUGUUAACAGAGGUUUAACUGCUGUGGUUCACAUACUUCCUCCUCCAGCGCAGGUUUGCUGGAGCUCCGUGAGGAAGGCCGAUCUAAAUUACCAGUUGUCUUAACCCAAUUUGUUCAUUCAUUCAGCGCUCACCUAGGCAAGGCCAAGAAAGGGGAUACUACAGCUUUGUUUGUACCUGUACUUUAGGGAAUGUUUCUUUGGAUCCUAACUGCACCAGGAAGAAAAUCAGUUUUCUCCCCUUGUGUGUGAUACCUAUAACCCUUUGGAAGGAUAAACACACACCUUUCUGUUCUCUGACUUGUGUAAAGGUUAACAACAUUCUUUUUCAGAGCUAGUAGCAAAGCAACACAAUCCUAGAGCUGCCCAGCACUGCAACUGAUUAUCCAGGGAAAAGGUAAUUUUAGCUUUCUAAAAAGGGACCAGGCACUAUUUCCAUGUUUUCCUAUAGCUGCAUUUAGCUUCCAUUUGUAAGACUAUUUAUCUUACUUACUAAUUAGAAGAUAUGAAACAGGACAGGGAACCCUGGUUGACACAGCUGUCGUCCUUGAAAAAGAAAUCCUCAUAAUAAAACUUUUGACGUUUUGUGUUAGAUAUCCACAGAUGUGUUAUUGUCAACUCUUACACUGGGUGCUCUUUGGUGACAGACAUGCUGUAUUCUCGCGUUCAUGACAUUUCUCUGCAAUGAAUUCUCUGUGGAGUGAAUCAGUUGAAGCAAAUGAUUUUCUUAAGAAGUUUAACUUUUCAAUUUGCAAACUUGCUCUACGCUCACUUGUGAGUUCAGUUGUAAUCAUGUAUUAAGUCAUUCAUAUUUUAUUUAUUAAAGCUGUUCAUUCAGUAAGGACUAUGUUGAAAUUUUGCCAGUAUCUUAAUAAAACACAAUUUAAAAUAA